AUGGCGCAGCGUUCAGCGGUUUCCCGAAAGUCGCUGAGUAAACUUAUCAUCAACGGUCAAACCCCGCCGGCACCGGCAGCGCCAAGUCAGCCGAAAGGCAGCAAAAGGCGUAGAGUUAGAGACAGCAUCAGUACGUUCAUGAAGCUAGGAAGGAAAAGUGAAAACGAUAAAAGUUCUUCUGGUUGGAAGCGUCCAAUAAUAAGUGGACCAAUCCCUAUAGAUGGGAUAGAGUUGCAAGAGUUUCCAAUUGCUAGCUCCUCUUCAAGUAUUACAUUGAUUCCUAUUCGGGAAAAGCAGAUUGUUUCACAUGUCGUCAAGGAUGACAUUAAAAUUCCUUCUAGCCCCAUCAUUAAGGAUCACAUUGAAGCUUCUUUUAGUCCCGCCGUUAAGGAUGACAUCAAGGCUACUUUGGGCCCCGUCGUUGAGAAUAUGAAGGCCAUAUUUCAUCCAAAAAAGGAUCCAAGGAGGCGACUAGAGGAUGUUCUAAUAUUCAUCAUUGAGAAUAGGAAGGACACAUCUCAUGCGGCAAAGGAGAAUAGGAGGUGGCUAAAGGCUACUUUGCGCCCCAUGAUUAAGAGUAGGAAGGCCACUUCUCAUGAAGCAAAGAAGAGAAGGAGAGAACUGAAAGCCACUUUGCGCCCCAUGGUUAAGAACAAGAAGGCCGCUUCUCAUGCUGCAAAGAAGAGUAGAAGACAGCUAAAUGCUCUCCUGCGUGAAGAUAAGGGUAAGGAAAAAGAAGUCUCUUCCAACUUCGUCCCUCCCCUGGUCAAGAAAGAAGAGCCUCCUACUAUUGUGAUCACCAGGGCUCCAGAGCCAGGAGUUUCCGUCCAAACCGUAAUUCCCGAUGCCUCUCCAGCUCCUCUGGUUGAAAAUCAAAUAUAUCAAGAGCAAAAUGUUCGACCUUUACAGAUUUACCGAGAAGACGGUUCUCUGAUCACUCAGGAAAACUUCGACGUAAUGGAGUUGGUUGGCAUGGUGAGGGAUGAGUGCCCCAAGUAUUUAUUGCGUUUCUGGGACAUGCUCCCACAACACAUAAAUAGCCCUCUCAACCACCAAAUCAUCAACACACCACAACAACUGAAACGGGUCUCAAAAAUGUUUCGUCGUCAACCCCCCCGAUCUAUCGCCCAUCUGCGUAACCCUAAGGUGCUCGCUGAUCGCCUCGCCGUCGCCGAGGCUGCUGAAGCCGCCGCUUCUGUUCCAGGCAAAAUUCCCCCCGUCCCCCGUGAGCAGCGCUACCCCACCAAAGAAGAAAUCGUCGAAGAUAUCAAGAAUGGACACGAGAUUCCUGAAUUUAUGACUGUCGAGGUUGCCUACGAGAAGAGGUAUAAGGAUGCUAUCUCGAUGCUCUGCAAGGAACUCAAAGAGGUCAGUCGCAUCUUGGUUGAAAAGGAGGACGAAGUGAGCACCUUUCUCGAUACCCUGGACGUCUUUAUGGAUAGAGUAGGUGGGGGUGAGAUUUAUGACAGUGAUGACAGUGAUGGAAGCAUCUAUAUCACGACCGAUGAUACCGAUGGGGAGGCCGCUGGGGAUACCAACCCGGACAGCGAUGGGGCCGCUUCUAUCCGCGAGAAUGGUGAAGAAGACGACAAAGGCGCUGUUAUGAAAGAUGACUCUUCUGAGGAUGUCGAUUACUGUGCUUUGUACGGCUACAUUGGCUACGACGAUGAUCUUGACGAGUCUCUACCCGCGUGUGACGCCGACGACGAGAAGGACGAAGUGGAGGAAGAGGAGAAGGAAGAGGAGGAAGAAGAAGAUAAGGAUGAGGGGGAGGGGGAGGAGGAAAAGGAUGAAGAACAAGGUAAGGGUGAGAGUGAGGGAGAGGGGGAGAGGGAGAAGGAGAAGGAGAAGGAGAAGGAGAAGGAGAAGGAGAAGGAGAAGGAGAAGGAGAAGGAGAAGGAGAAGGAGAAGGAGAAGGAGAAGGAGAAGGAGAAGGAGAAGGAGAAGGAGAAGGAGAAGGAGAAGGAGAAGGAGAAGGAGAAGGAGAAGGAGGAAGAAGAAGAACACGACAAGAAGCAGGAGCACAGGAAAGUCUCUAUCAAUGAGCCCUCCAGCUCCGGCCACAUGGCUCUUUGA